GUUCAUGUGAGGGCGUGGAACAAAAGAAUUUCAUUCUCAUUUUGGUGUUGAUGUAUGGUUGAGACAUUAGUGAGUUGCAGUGGAGCAGUCAGGAUCUGGAUUAUUCCCAAGUUUGACAAGUUGGAAAUUGGGUCCGAGAAUCUGGAACCGGAGCAAUCAAAAAGGAAUGAAAAAUAACGCUCAAAUAUAUUUUGCAGCCGAGAUUCCGGAAUUCUUGGGAUGGGAUUGGCGAAGAAGCAGUGCUUUAGUCUUUUAGGGAGCAGGAACAUUUCCAGCAGCUGCCACAGCGACUUUGCCCGGAUACUGCAGGAUCCAUGGAAUGGAAGUUGCAGGCCAACAGGAAGAGUACCUCCUCCCUCUGCAGGGCUUCCUCUCUCCCCGCCAGGGUUCCUGGCGACUUCAGGGGCCAGAAGGAGCUCUGGGCUCGCUCCUUUUUGUUAGUCUCUGGACCCACUGGCAGGGCUGAGCCGCCUUUUGGAAGGUCAGCUGCGGUCAGCGGCGGUGAAAGCUGCCUGGGAGGUCGCCGCUUUCAAGGCUCUCUCUCUCUCUGCUCUUCUGCAGCCCGGAGCUUUUGCGAGGGCUGCUGGCUCCCAGAUCUCAGAACAGAAGCCAUGGCGAAGUCCAGGGGCCGUCUGUACCUUUGGAUGUCUUUGAUUGCCGUGCUGGCAUCUUUUCUGGUGGGCUUUAUGGUGGGCUGGUUUUUUAAGCCUCUCAAAGAAACAAUCUGUGCACCACACCAUGGUCAAAGUAUACGAGGGAAACUGUUGUCAGAAAUGAAAGCUGAAAACAUUAGAUCAUUUCUUCGUUCUUUCACAAAACUUCCUCAUCUGGCAGGAACAGAAGAAAAUUUACUACUUGCCAAAAAAAUUCAAGCCCAAUGGAAGAAAUUUGGACUAGAUUCAGCCGACUUGGCUCAUUAUGAUGUUCUCCUCUCUUACCCUAAUGAGACAAAUGCUAACUGCAUAUCGAUUGUGGAUGGACAUGGAAUUGAGGUAUUCAAAACAUCAUAUCUUGAACCACCUCCAGAUGGAUAUGAGAAUGUGACAAAUAUUGUACCUCCCUAUAAUGCUUUCUCAGCCCAAGGCAUGCCAGAGGGAGAUCUCGUAUGUGUGAACUAUGCUCAUACUGAAGACUUUUUCAAACUAGAAAGAGAGAUGAAUAUUAACUGCACUGGAAAGAUUGUUAUUGCAAGAUAUGGGAAGAUCUUCAGAGGAAAUAAAGUUAAAAAUGUCAUGUUAGCAGGAGCCAUAGAAAUCAUCUUGUACUCAGAUCCAGCUGACUACUUUGCCCCUGGGGUACAGCCAUAUCCCAAAGGCUGGAACCUUCCUGGAAAUGCAGUGCAGAGAGGAAAUGUGUUAAAUUUGAAUGGUGCUGGUGACCCUCUCACUCCAGGCUAUCCAGCUAAAGAUUAUACUUUCAGACUAAAUAUUGAAGAAGGAGUUGGAAUCCCGAAAAUACCUGUACAUCCUAUUGGACAUAAUGAUGCAGAAAUAUUACUAUGCCACUUGAGAGGAACUGCUCCACCAGAUAAGAACUGGAAGGGAGCUCUUAAUGUGAGUUACAAUGUAGGACCUGGCUUUACAGGGAAUGAGUCUUUCAGGAAAGUUAGAAUGCAAGCUCAUAACACCAAUAAAAUUACAAGGAUUUACAAUGUAAUUGGAACUAUUAGAGGAUCUGUAGAACCUGACAGGUAUGUUAUUCUGGGAGGGCACCGUGACUCUUGGGUGUUUGGAGGUAUUGACCCAACUACUGGGACAGCCGUUUUGCAAGAAAUUGCUCAGAGUUUUGGAAAAUUGAUAAGAAGAGGCUGGAGACCUAGGAGAACUAUCAUUUUUGCCAGUUGGGAUGCAGAAGAAUUUGGACUGCUGGGUUCUACAGAAUGGGCUGAGGAGAAUGUAAAAAUACUCCAGGAGAGAAGUGUUGCUUAUAUCAAUUCAGAUUCAUCUAUAGAAGGCAAUUAUACUCUAGUUGACUGUACACCCCUUCUUUACCAGUUGAUGUAUAAACUGACAAAAGAGAUGUCUAGCCCAGAUGAUGGUUUUGAGAGUAAAUCACUUUAUGAAAGCUGGUUGGAAAAAGACCCUUCACCUGAAAAUAAAGGUUUUCCUAGAAUCAACAAGCUGGGAUCUGGAAGUGAUUUUGAAGCUUAUUUUCAGAGACUUGGAAUUGCUUCAGGCAGAGUUCGUUACACCAAGAACAGGAAAACAGAUAAAUACAGCAGCUACCCUGUAUAUCACACAAUUUAUGAAACAUUUGAAUUAGUAGAGAAUUUUUAUUACCCCACAUUUAAGAAACAGCUCUCUGUGGCUCAAUUACGAGGAGCACUGGUAUAUGAGCUUGCAGAAUCUAUAAUCAUUCCUUUCAAUAUUCAAGACUGUGGAACAGCUUUGGAAAACUAUGCAGCAACUAUCUUCAAUUUAUCCAAGAAAUAUGACCAGCAAUUGAAAGACGAGGGGGUAUCAUUUGACUCCUUGUUUUCUGCUGUAAAAAACUUCUCAGAGGCUGCUUCAGAUUUUCAUAGAAGACUUACAGAAGUUGAUCUUAAUAAUCCCAUUGCAGUGAGAAUUAUGAAUGACCAAUUGAUGCUUCUGGAAAGAGCAUUCAUUGAUCCUCUUGGUUUACCAGGGAGACAGUUCUAUAGGCACAUCAUUUUUGCUCCAAGUAGCCACAACAAAUAUGCUGGAGAAUCAUUUCCUGGGAUUUAUGAUGCUAUGUUUGAUAUUGAAAAUAAAGCAGACCCUCACUUGGCCUGGACAGAAAUAAAGAAACAUAUUUCUAUUGCAGUUUUCACAAUUCAAGCAGCAGCAGGAACACUGAAAGAAGUGUUAUAAGAAGGCAUCAGCUAAGUGAAUAACUAUUAAAUGUGUUGCUGAAAGUCUGAGGAUGAAGUUAGUCUUGUUGAUUGCCUGUGAAGCCAGAGUGUUCUAAAAUCUUGAUUUUUAAAUGUCUACCAACAGAUAAAUGGAUAACUUGUGGGAAUACAUAUCCAUAAGGGAAUACUACUCAGCAUUAAAAUUAAAUGAAGCAAUGCUACUGGCAGACAUUGUUGAGUGACAGAAGCUAGGCAUAAAAGAGUACAUAAGGCAAAACCAUUUACAUGAAGAAGUGUUAAACUAGAUAUAAAUUGGUGAUUGGACAAACGACCGGAGGGAAAGGGUGAUCACAAAGAUGUAUGGAAAAUCUUUCUUGGAUAAAUGCGUUUUCUGUAUCUUGAGCUGUUACAGCAGUGUACACAUUUGCCAUACCUCAUCAAACUAAAAAUGUCUACAUCUUACUGUAUGAAAAUUAUGCCCUGGUAAAUUUGACUACAAAAAAAUAAAGGUCUGGUAGAAAAACUGG